AUGCAAAGCGAAAAUAUCACCACUACCACUGAGGACAUUACUAUGAUACCUAUGUCCACAACAACACAUGUUUAUGAGAACGCAGCACCUGUGACUCUUCUGUUUAUAUUCGGAGUGGUUGGAAACGCAAUUGCUCUUAUAGUUUUGUGCUGCUCUGCCAAAACUCACAAAUGGCGCCCGUUUUACAGAUUUGUUUGCGGUCUUGCUAUCUCCGAUGGGGGAGGAAUUUUAGCUUCCUAUCCCUUUGCAGAAUACCGUUACAUAUCUAAAUUCAAUUAUACCUUUCCAAAGCCAUUGUGUGAUUACCUAGGCUUCGUAUUCAUGUUCACACUGAUGUCUUCUGCUAUGAUCGUGUGUUGUAUGUCAUUUGACCGCUUCUUUGCAACUUUCUAUCCAUUCCUUUAUAACUCUUCUAAGAAAGAACUCCGAACUAAUAUCACACUCGGAGUUGUAUGGUGUUUAUCGGGGAUCCUCUGCAGUCUUCAUCUGUAUGGAUUUGGAUCAAGCAAAAAUGUCUAUCCUGGUUCGUGGUGUUUUCUGAACUUUAUUGAGUUAAAAAAUAGCACAAUUCACCCAAAGGCAAGAGAGAACAUCAUAUACUCCUACAUAUAUGCCAUAACUGGAGUUAUAGUUGUCUUUCUGACCAUCAUAAUUAAUAUGGCGGUUGUGGUCUUCUUCGUCAGGAACAGAAUUGUCCAGAGGAAGAGAAGCAGAAAACGAGAUCUGCACGUGAUUGUAUUCCUCCUGGUCAUCGUCACGGUGUUCACAUCCUGUUGGGCACCUCUUAUGGUAAACAUACUUCAGCAUGCUUCUGGUGCUAUUGAAGAAGAAGGUAAAACGGAACUUAAUCUACUGCGCAUGGGCGUCACAAAUUCUGUUGUAGAUCCAUGGAUAUAUAUUCUUUUCCGGAAAGAAGUUCUCCUUCUUUUGCUGGGUGGUAUGGAACGUUUGGUCGGGAAGAAAUUUGAAAUCCGCCACGAAUUGACCGGAAUGUCAGGAACUGGGGAUACAAGCAAAGUGUCGGCAUCAAACCGUACUCCAAGUACUAAACUAUCAGAUGACGGCGGGGUAUAUAAAGGGUCGGCAUCAAACCGUUUUUCAAGUACUAAACUAUCAGAUGACGGCGGGGUAUAUAAAGGGUCGGCAUCAAACCGUUCUUCAAGUACUAAGCUAUCAGAUGACGGCGGGGUAUAUAAAGGGUGA